AUGCACGAAGACCACCCGCACCCGCUCCUCGCCCAACUCCCCCUCACCGUCUCGCCCUUCGUCUCCCUCCCAACCGCCACCCCGCUCCCCUACACCUACAAGCAGCUCCCCUCGACCCUCCCGCCGUCCGUCACCGACCCCCCCGCCCCAGCCGGCGGCAACCCCGACGACCAAGACAACAACAACUCCUCCUCCUCCCCGCCGAAACCGACAUACGUGACCUCGGCCUCGGGCCAGCACGCCGCACACCCGGACGACAUCAUCGCGUCGUGCCGCGCGCUGCAGGCCCACCUCACGCGCCUGACCGAGGACGCGCGCGCGACGGCGCGCCGCUGGGAGGACGGCCUGCGCGAGCGCGACCUCGCCGAGAAGCGCCGCGUCGCGCCCGGCUGGCUGGACGAGGAGGUCAAGAUGCUGGUGCCGGAGCGGAAGGGUGGUGGGGGUGGUGGCGAGCAACAGCCCGGAGGAGCGAGUUUGAUGGAUGAGGACGCGCCGCCGCCUGUGAUGCAUUAUCAGCAGCAGCAGCAGCAGCAAGGGGUGGGUGGUGAGGCGAUGCAGGGGGUUGUGCAGAGUGAUGAGGGGGCGGAGCUGGAUAGGGCGUUUGGAGGGUUGGGGCUGAGCUACAAAGCCUCUCCAACAGAAAACAGAACACCUGGAAAAAGCCGCAACCAUGAGCAAAUUCGAAGUCCGUCAUCCUCCAACCCCCAGAAGCUCCAACCUUCCCCCAACCAAAACAACACCCCACCCGCUAACCCGACGACCCCUCACCACCAGCUCCCCUCCUCCACCGCGACAUCCAACCCCUCGACGCCCGACCCCGAGGCCGCCCACAACAACAACAACAACAACCUUUCCUCCCCCUCCUCCUCCGACAUCGACGACGCCGACCUCCCCUACCCGACCGAGCUCCCCCGCAGCGCCUUCACCGUCCCCGCCCCCCACUUCUCCGCCGCCGCCUACCUCUCGACGCUGUCGCACCGCCACCAGACGCUGGGCGACCUGCGCGCCGACCUGCGCGCCCGCAGCGCCCUCAUCAGCCGCGAGCUGCUCGACCUGGUCAACGCCAACUACGCCGAUUUCUUGUCGCUCGGCCGCGCGCUGCGCGGCGGCGACGACCGCGUCGAGGAGGUGCGCGUCGGCCUGCUGGGGAUGCGCAAGGCGGUCGGGGAGGUGAGGGAGGCGGUGGCGGGGCGCGAGGAGGAGGUGAGGGGGUUGGUGGGGGAGAGGGAGGGGCUGGUGAGGGGGAGGGCGGUGGCGAGGGCGCUGUUGGAGGUGGAGAGGAGGGUGGGCGAGUUGGAGGCCGCGUUGGUGGUGGGGCAGCAGGGGCAGGGGCAGGGGACGGGGGAGGGCGGGGAGGGUAGUAGCGAUGGGGAGGAGGAGGAGGAUGAUGAUGGCGACGACGACGACGAGGAGACUGAUGGGGAGGAUGAGGCGGAGGGCAAUGUCUCGUUGGGGAGGCUGAGGAGGCUGGCGCGACAGUACUUGGGCGUGCGGCAGACGGCGGGGAGGAUUGGCAAGGAGCACCCGUUCUUGGUCGCGCAGGAGCCGCGUUUGACGAAGAUACGGAAUACGCUGUUGUUGGAUCUGGGAGCGGAGUUGAAGUCUGCAAAGUCUGCGGGCCCGCAGGGCAAGAAUAGGGUCCUCAAGGUUAUGAGCAUCUACGCGGAGAUGGACGAAGGCAUUGAGGCUAUCAAGGUCCUGAGGGGGCGUUCUUGA